AAUACAACAAAGAAGACAUCGACUCUUUCAUGGUUUAAAAUGGCAGGGAAAUCCUUCGUUUUAUCCUUUCUACUUUUCCUUUUUAUCUUAACAGUGCUAUUAUGGAAAUUUGAAACAAGUUUCUUCGGCUUAAAAGGUAGUUCACUGGUUGUAUAUGUUAACUCCAUAAGGUCAACGAGAGAGAAUGCUCAGCGGGAAAUAUCGCAGUCGGUCAUUGACUCGGAUCCAAAGGCUAAGCAAUGGCUCAUCAUUUACUGGUCGACAUAUUUACAAAGGCAGCUGGAUCUACAUCUUUCUUGGAAGCAAGGCGACUGUCCUGUAGCCUGCGAGGUGACAAGCAAUCACUCAAGAGCGAAUGAGGCGGAAGGGUUCGUGGUUCAUGCUAGGGAUUCACAUAUGAUACCUCCAAAGGAAUCAGUUCCGUGGAUCCUUCAAACACAAGAAAACCCGGUCUACACUCCCUCAUUAACCAAACCCAAUUUUAUGUCUAAAUUCAAUCUUUUGCAUAGUUAUCGCCUGGACUCGGACUUUCCUGAGCCAACUUUUAGGAAGCCAGAUGUCACACCACCAGUUCCUUUUAAGGACAAAGAUGGACUCAUUAUGGCGGUCUUUUCAAACUGCGAACCCGUGCGGACGGAGUACAUGAGGCAGUUGAUGAAGUUUGUGCAAGUUGACUCUUAUGGAGCAUGUCUUAGGAACAAACAAGGUCUAGUUGAGAGGUAUGGUUCAGAAAACGGGAAGGAAUUUCGAGAAGUCAAAACUGACCUAGCCAAAAAGUACAAGUUCUCUUUGGUGUUUUUCAAUCAGGAUUGUGAUUACUUCGUGGACGCGCAACUAGGUCAUGCUCUGACUGCAGGCUCAGUUCCCGUAGUCAUGGGUACGGAGAGACUUGAAGAGUUCCUCCCCGGAAAUCUUAAGCAUUCUGUCAUAAGAGUGCGUGAUUUCAAAACUCCACAGCAACUGGCGGAGUACCUUAAAUACAUUGGCAACAAUGAGGGGGAAUACAAUAAAUUCCUGGAGUGGAAAUGGAAAGGUUUUGGAAAUAUCACUGGCACUGUAAUUGGAAAUGUUUGGUUUCCGAAGUAUCCUCUUUAUUGUCAAAUUUGCGUAGCUCUCUCAGAACGCCGAAUACACGAGAAUGGCCUCAAGCCAAUUACAUGCAAGGCAAGAACUUUUGAAGACUGGGAAAUAAAGAAAGAAAUCUAGUUUGUUUUCUUUUUAAGGUACCAUUACAAAAGAUUGGUUAGGUAUUUCAUUCCAAGUGUUAGUUUUACAGUUUGGGGCUACCAGUCGUCCAACAAAGUGGAAUGUUUCCGUAUUGACAUCAAAAGGGAAUUCUUUCUCCUUUCACUGUAAAAUUAAAUCUAGAGACUGUUCCGUUUCUUUUUAUUAUUCCGCUUUCUGUCCUCCAAACUGCUCUUUCACAUUUUUACCAUUUGGUAAUUUCGAAAUUUUCACUUCGUGAUUUUAACAAGUAUUAUCCUCACUAAGAUUUGUAUGGCAACAUUGUUACGUGCCACUAAACCAUGUCUUUUAUCUUUAACAGAUAAUUGUAAUUAAGGAUACAGUGUCGUUUGCAACGGCUGACAACAAAGGCGUUUCCUUUUCAGCCAACCAUCUCAGGCGGUUUCACCUGACUCUUUAAUAUUGACAUAUAAUGUCGUUGUUUUUUUUUUAGUUCUUCCAGUCAUGAAUUAUCUGGAUUGAAUAUAAAUAAUCGAAUGGCAAGUGAUCGCCAUGUGUUCCGACUCUGAGCAGAACUUAAGUAUUUCAGUCAACUCAGAGCCUCCAUGUCGCACUUUUCAAUAACGUACACUGUAAGAACCGUGAAGUUUAGGAUGUGUGGAGAGGCGAGUGAAAAAUCAAAGUGCCUUGACACUGCCAUGCAAGUUCAUUUAUCCCGUUGCGGAACUCUCGAAAGACAGGUACGCUUUUUUACUUAAAAGAUUAAGUGAGCUUAAACUGUGAGUGGAAGACACCAGUAUCCAUGCCAUUCAGUUUCUCUUUCUGUAUGUGCGCUGUACGUAACUUGAAGUUUUUCACUUGGAAAGCUACUAAGUUAUGCAGUGAAAGGUUAAGGAGGGUGGUAAAGGGUAUUUUCAUGAUUAGUGAAUGGCCUAUUUUUUUUCCCCGUGAAACGUGUAAUGGCUUUUUUUUUUUCUCGUGAAUCGCGAUUUCAUUAGUAGCCGUGAACCGUGAUUUUCCAAACUAAUUCUCUGUGAAAUGAUAAAGAAGUAUUUAAGUCGUCGUCAACCGUGAUUUUGGUUGUAGUUUCGACAGUAAUUAACAAUGACCGUGAAUUGUGAAGGGACCGAUUUAUUUUCCGUGAAACGUGAUCUUGACCCUUCCCCCCCUCCCCUUUUACCACUCUCUUUAAAAUUGUGCAGCCUUAGGGUUGAAGUAGGUUGCUGGUUUUGCCAUCAUCUCAUGCAACAAAAUUCAGUAGCGACACACACGGAUGUGUUCCUUGUGCCACUUUUUUAGUCCUCACCACAACAUUAAUUUACUGGACAGACGACGCAGAGCAACAUUAAACCUAUUUGCCAAAUAGAAAGCGAGUCGCACAGCUAGUCAGAUUGCCACAAUUAAGAUAGAAUACUAGCAUUUUUAUACUAUAACGAAAUAUAUCUUAAGGAAGAUGUCAAUUAAAAAAUCAAUUUCUAUUUCAAGUCAAAAUUUCGAAAAUGGCUGCAUAUGUUUACCGUCUCUUACAGCGCCCCACCUCAGCGUCAGCUAAACGUCUAUAAGCAGCGCCGAGUUCCAAAUGGAAAUCAAAUAAAGUUGCCGUCGCGGCUUCCGUUCGCAGACGGCGCAAAUUCA